AUGUGCCUAUGAAUUGAGCUUAUUGAACUGAAAAGAAACAAAGUAAAUGGCUAGAGCUAGAAGAAAGUCGAGAGGUUUAUACAUUAACAAGGCUAAAGAGUUCUUGAAUUACUUGAAUUACUUGUCGAAUAAUAAACCUUUGUUUCCAUGGAUGAUUGUUUUGAUUCUGGUCGGUUGGGUGGUCGAGAGAUGGGUCUUAUGCUUUACUAAUUUUCUUCCACUUGCAAUUGCUUUCUGGGCAACCUAUCAAUAUGGGAAUCAUCAGGCUCAGAUCCAAGUUCAGGUCUUAGAAAGAAGAUGGAGGCAAAUCAUGUUACUUGUAUCACCAGUUACCCCCUUAGAGCACUGCGAAUGGUUGAACAAAUUACUAUGUGAAGUUUGGAUCAACUUCAUUAAUCCAAAACUUUCUUUUACAUUCUCAUCCAUGGUUGAGAAACGGUUGAAACAUCGAAAACCUCCAUUUAUAGAGAAGAUUGAAUUGCAGGAAUUCUCACUAGGUUCUUGUCCUCCUAGCUUGGGUCUUCAUGGGACUCGCUGGUCAAUGUUUGGAGACCAGAGAAUUAUGCAGAUGGGGUUUGAUUGGGAUACAACUGACAUGAGUAUUCUGCUAGCUGCCAAGUUAGCCAAGCCAUUGAUGGGGACGGCAAAGAUUUGUAUAAACAGUAUCCACAUUAAGGGAGAGCUUGUUUUGAGGCCAAUUCUUGAUGGAAAAGGCGUCUUGUACUCUUUCUUAUCCUCUCCAGAGGUUAGAAUCAAUGUUGCAUUUGGAAGCGGUGGAAGUCAAUCUUUACCCGCAACUGAACUCCCUUGUGUUUCUUCUUGGCUUGUCAAGCUUCUAAAUGAUACUUUAGAGAAGACAAUGGUUGAACCUCGUCGUGAUUGUCUAUCUUUGCCUCCGGUUGACUUAAGGAAAGAGGCGGCGGGUGGAAUUCUUUACGUGAAAGUAAUUUCUGCAAGUAAAGUUUCGAGUGCUAACAUGAAGGCGGGUCCUUCUAGAAGACAACAAAAUAGUAAUUUUGAAGGUUAUUACAAUGUUGAGAAAGAUCUAUGUACAUUCGUGGAGGUUGAACUCGAACAGUUGUCCAGAAAAACAGAUGUGCGGUCAGGAUCAAGUCCCAAAUGGGAUUCAACUUUCAAUAUGGUAUUACAUGAUGCAACAGGGAUUCUCAGGUUUCAUCUUUAUGCAUCUUUCCCUGGCAGUGUCAAGUAUAAUCACUUAACAAGCUGUGAAAUUAAGAUGCAACAUGUUGCUGAUGAUUCGGUAAUGUAUUGGGCACUUGGAUACGAUAAUGGAGUUGUUGCUGAGCAUGCUGCGUUUUGUGGGAAAGAAAUCGAAAUGGUUGUGCCCUUUGAAGAAGUGGAUUCUGGAGAGUUAACUGUGAGACUUAUCUUAAAAGAAUGGCACUUUUCGGACUGUUCGCGUAGCUUGAGCAGUUUCCAUCCCGGCUCUACUCGAUCACUGUCUGGAUCCUCCUCCGGUUUAACAUCCAACACUCGGAGGAAAAUCUCUGUAACUGUGGUCGAGGCAAAAGGCCUUGUUGGAAGUGAUCCCUACGUUAAACUUCAGUAUGGAAAGGCUUUCCAUAGAACAAGAACCAUGAAGGACAAUAAAAAUCCUGUGUGGAAUAAACAGUUUGAGUUUGAGGAGUUAGAGUGUGGUGAGUGUCUGAAUGUAAAAUGUUAUAACGAAGAUAUAUUUGGAAACCAGCAGCUCGGAGGUGCUCGUGUAAGCUUAGAAGGACUUGUUGAGGGAUCCGUUAGAGAUGUAUGGAUUCCUCUUGAGAAAGUUGAUUCAGGAGAACUGCGGCUUCGGUUAGAUGUUUCUUGGAGGGACUGA